AUGACGAACAAUCUAUUUGCUACUGAAACUGAGGUUCAAAAAUUAGUAGAACAAUUAAAGAACAAUUCUCUUGAUACUAAGAGAGACACAAUAAUAGAACUCCACCUUCUUGCUAAGCACAGUAUGGAUAACAGAAUAGUGAUUUCAAAUUUUGGUGUCAUUAGCUUAUUAGUUAAUUUACUUCAAUCAACUGAUACUACAAUCCAGGAAAAUUAUAUUACAACACUCCUUAACUUAUCAAUCAAUGAUAACAACAAAACUGCAAUUGCAAAUGCUGGGGCCAUUGAACCUUUGAUUCAUGUCCUUAAGAUAGGGAGUUCAGAAGUCAAGGAGAACUCAGCUGCCACACUUUUCAACUUAUCGGUAAUUGAGGAAAAUAAAAUCAAGAUAGGGAGGUCUGGGCUAAUUAGACCAUUGGUUGAUUUAUUUGAGAAUGGAAGCCCUAGAGGGAAAAAAGAUGUUGUCACUACUUUGUUUAAUUUGUCAAUAUUUCAUGAAAACAAGGAUCGGAUCAUGCAAGCUGGUGCUAUGAAGCAUCUUGUAGAGUUAAUGGACCUUGCUGUUAGAAUGGUUGAUAAGGCGGUGGCUGUUUUAGCAAAUCUUGUCACAAUACCAGAAGAGAAGACAACAAUUGGUCACGAAUGUGGUAUUCCUAUUCUAAGUGAGGUCAUUAAGUUGGGUCCUUGAAUCACAACGACAUCGUUUCACUAUUAGAGGUAUUAGACAGCUUCCAAAAAUGACGUUGUUUCUGUCAGGUGAGAUUCUGACGUAGCACUUAACAUGACAACUUAACCUUCUGUCACAGUUUCUUAACGGGUCUUAUAUUAGAGACUAAAAUGAAUUGUAGAGAAAAAAGUUGGGAAGUAACAUGAUAUUUUAAAUGUCUCAAAGACUAAAAUGCUUAACUUAAAUUCUUUCAGAGACUAAAGUGAGAGUUUAGUCAAUUGUCAAAUAAUACUAAAAAAGAAACCAUUUGUGUCUAUUUCGAAUUUGGUCAUUGUCGUUAGGACGGA